CUUCCGGUUGGGGAUAAUCCCACCUCCCUCCUGCCAGCGCCACAGAAACAAAUGUAACGACCCGUCGUCCGUGAGCCACACUCAAAAACAGUGUUUCGCUAGGAUGCGACUGUUUCCGACGAGAGCACAGAAACAGCUGGCCGACAGGCGGGGUUGAAACGACGGGGUGACAGCAGGAGGAACUGCGGCUCGAUGGAAAAAGAAGAGCACACCGUCAGACAGUCACACAAACCACUGGGUGGAAUCAGACUGUGACCACCAGAGCGGCUUUUUCUCUGAGCUGUACAAAAGCCUCGACUGUGACCACACUGGCUGCUGGGUCUCUGAGGGGACACGAGGGAACUGUUGAGUGACCGCCACUUUUCAGAGGAAAGAAAAAUGGCUGUGCCUAGGCGAUGGAGCCUGCUGAACAGAGAUCCUUCAGGUCGUCCACAUGGACGUGGUAUGGGAUUUUGGUCGGUUAUGAUGCGUUUCACAGACUCCAUUAUGCGCCAGCCGCUCCAGUGACUGAGCGCGUUUUCUCCACCUGCCUGAUUGACGCUGACAGACGAUGACUGCACCCGCGGGCUGCGGUCGGCUGUUGUGAGAGCAAGCCGUGUUCCCCCCCCCCGCCGCCGCCUGCUGGACCGGCUGCUCUGCGGCACCACGGACAGCGACGAUGACUCGGCUCCGCAGGAAAGCUCUGGUGGCCCUCUUCCUCUUCACCCUCUUCAUCUUCGGGGCCAUGAUGGGGCUGAGGACGCUGAAACCCAGCGACGGCUUCUCGGACCUGGCCCCCGGCAUGGACUUCAUCGGGGAGAGAACCGACAGGAGGCGGCUGGACGUGAAAGACGUGGCGGCGUCGCCGGGCCAGUUCCACAUGGGCAGCAGCGACACUAAGGUUGUUUUCACCAAAUCAGACCGAGAUUACAGCAUAUUCUACGACGUGCACAUCUUCUACUACUUGUGGUACGGCUCUCCCAGCAUGGACAACAAGUACAUUCACUGGGAUCAUGUGCUGGUGCCACACUGGGACCCCAAAAUCGCAGCCAGCCAUGCCCAAGGAAAGCACGCACCUCCGGAGGAUAUUGCCUCAAGUUUUUACCCCGAGCUGGGACCCUACAGUUCCAGGGACCCAAAGGUGCUGGAGUCGCACAUGUCCCAGAUAGAAGAGGCUGCAGCAGGAGUGCUGGUGUUGUCCUGGUAUCCUCCCGGGGUGGCAGACGACCACGGGGAGCCCACCGAGGACCUGGUUCCUGCUGUCAUGGAUGCAGCCCACAGGCACAGCAUCAAGGUGGCCUUUCACAUACAGCCAUACAAAGGACGGACGGACCAGAGCAUGCAUGACAACAUCAAAUACAUUAUUGACAAAUACGGAAAGCAUGGCGCCUUCUACAGAUUCAGGUCCAGCACAGGGCGAGUCCUGCCUCUGUUUUAUGUCUAUGACUCCUACCUUACGCCACCAGAGUCCUGGGCAGAGCUUCUGACGACUAAAGGCUCUCACAGCAUCAGAGGCACACCAUACGACGGCGUUUUCGUCGCCCUAAUUGUUGAAGAGCGCCAUAAGCACGACAUCCAAGCUAGCGGUUUUGAUGGAAUCUACACUUACUUUGCCUCCAACGGUUUCUCCUUUGGCUCAUCCCACCAGAACUGGAAAGCCAUCAAGUCCUUCUGCGAUGCAAACAAUCUGCUAUUUAUUCCCAGUGUUGGUCCAGGGUACGUGGAUACAGCUGUUCGGCCAUGGAACAAUCACAACACCAGGAACAGGGUUAACGGACGUUACUAUGAAACAUCUUUGCAGGCAGCAUUGUCUGUCAGACCAGAAAUCGUCACCAUUACAUCUUUUAACCAAUGGCAUGAAGGCACGCAGAUAGAGAAGGCUGUACCCAGGAAAACGGUGACCCGAUUGUACCUGGACUACCAACCCAACCAACCAGACCACUACUUGGAGCUUACACGCCAGUGGGCUGAGAACUUCAACAAGGAGAAGGACAAGUGGCUGAUGUGAACAUGGCUUCAUUCCCCAUGCCUAGAAAUAACAUUAAGUCUAUGCUGUUAAAAGACAAUAUCUUUAUGUUCAUUCACCUAUCUGUUUUUCUCCAGCUUUGAGCCCUUAUGAUCAGAUUUUCCCUAAAUGUUCACUCUACCGUUGCAGUUUUUAACCACUAACAUUUUUGUACAGGUUGAUAUGUCCCUGAUGUUUUGAAUCUACAACGUCAUAAUGAUGGAUAGCUAAUCAUGGUUUCCUGAUAACAACUCUGUUCAGUAUCUGUUUGCCACGUCAAGGAAGUACGGCUAUGUUACGUACAGUAACGCUGCUCUGUAGGUUUUUUUUCUUAUUUUCUUAUGAUGACAGACUGUUUUUUCCUGUAUUUGUUUGAAGACAAAUUAAAAUGUGUGUCCAUUUAUUGUUGAUGAA